AUGGAGAGCUUUUACGUUGUCCCUGAAGAUGUGGAGAAAGAGAUUCUUUCAAGGCUAACAGUGAAAUCUUUAUUGAGAUUUAAGUGUGUCUGCAAAUCAUGGCAUGUUUUGAUCGAAAGCCAAACUUUCAUAGAUUUUCACCUUAGCAAGGCCGCUACAGAGGAAGAUAAUUGCCUUGUUUUGCAUCGUCGGCGCGACUUCACAAAAGAGUACGUCGCCUCUGUACUUUGUACUCAGACAUUAAGUUUGUUAGUCGAUCUUGAAUUCCCAUAUUUUGAGGAUAACAAGAUGGGUAUAUCCAUUGUGGGCUCAUGCAAUGGCUUAGUCUGUUUAUGUGAUAAUGGGCACUUGUUUGCUGUCUUUAACCCUGCUACCAGAGAAUUCAAGGCUCUUCCAAUACUCCCAUCCGCUUCUUUGCUGCCUAAUGAAGAAUUUGAUUUUAAAGCUGCUGCGUUUGGUUACGACCCCAUAACUAAGGACUACAAGGUCUUACAAAUUUCGUCCAUCUUCAAUCGCCACCGUUUAGACCACUACCUAUUUCAAAUAUAUACAUUGAGUACUAAUACGUGGAGGGAAAUCGAUGCUGCCAUGCCAGCUUAUUUUGAUGAGAUGUAUCCUUUGAUCAAUACAUACAGGAAAGGAGUCCAUCACUGGUCUGCUUAUGAAGCUAUCCUAUCAUUCGAUAUAAAUCGAGAAGUAUUUGGAACAAUAAAGCUGCCGACUCCUACACCACCUUGGCAUAAUCAAACACUCUCACUGUUGAAUGGAUCUCUUGCUACCAUUAUUUAUCACCUUGAAGCUCGGUGUAAAAGUUUUGACAUAUGGGUAAUGAAAGAAUAUGGAGUUGAGUCAUCUUGGACCAAACAAUAUACAAUUGGACCACUUGCAAUCGAGAUGCCACUGGGAUUUUGGAAAGGUGGCGAGUUAUUGAUGGAAACUAGAAAAGGAAAAUUAAUCUUAUAUGAUUUGCAUACCCGUAAAACAAAGAGGCUUCUGGGUCAUGGACAUCCAAGACCAUUACAAUUUUACACUUAUGUGGAGAGUCUAGUUUUAAUCAAGAAUAAAAAUCAGGAUGUACCACGAUUGCUUGGUCAUCAAAACUCUGCCCAUUUAAUGUAA